GUAAAACAGAGCGAGUUAUGCAUUGUGUAGUACGGUACCGCCAGUGACCGUUGGUGUGUAUUACUGUGCGAGCGUAUUUGAGCUGAAGCGGUCUAGAGAAACUGUUUUCUCUGCGUUGAGCUUGGGACGGACGCGGCGAUUACGCACCGUGUGUGAACGCGGCAGAUACGGAGACACGGUUGUAAAAGCGGAUUAGAAUGAAACGUUUCACCUUUGUGAUUGCUCUCGGCACUACGGUCGCUCUGUGCUUCGCCGAAGGUUUGCUAGAGUCUAAGAAAACAGAAUGCACCAAGGACGCCUAUCCUCCAAAAGCAAAUGCUUCAGUGCCGAAAGUUAUUGUGAACUUGGAUUUGCCCCCUGAAGAAAGGUGGAAGGAACUUGUUGCGCUGAAGAGAAGCGAGAUCUCCACUCUCCAAAGCGAAUUAAGAAACCUUGGUGGUAACUUCAUUGUCAAACUCAUCGAUCAUGUAGGGCCGAUACUCCAUAAAACUCUACCAUCGCCUUAUCGUGAGGAGCUCCAAAGCAUUUCUGAUCUGACGGGCAUACCCCUCGGAGAAGUCGUCUUGUACAACGUUUUCUAUGAAUUCUUUACUGUCUGCACCUCGAUAGUCGCCCAAAAUGCAAAGGGUGAAAUCUUACAUGCACGUAAUUUGGAUUUCGGCCUAUACCUCGGAUGGAAUUCGAGCAGUCAGACAUGGACAAUGACAGAGGUUCUUCGCAACACCGUUGUCCAGAUUGAAUGGCAGCGAGGCGGCGCGACUGUGUUCUACUCGGUUAACUUCGCUGGUUACAUCGGUAUCCUCACUGGUCUUAAUCCGGGUGUUAUGUCGUUCACGGUCAACGAACGCUUCAAUUUGAACGGAGGAUUUAUUGGAAUUGUUCAGUGGCUUAUUUUCGGCCAGAGGGAUCUUCAGUGGCUUGGAUUUUUGGCUCGCGAUAUAUUUGAGCGGGGACUCACUUUCGACGAAAGCAGGGCGAACCUGACUGCUGCCAAAAUGAUUGCUCCCGUCUACUUUAUCCUCGGAGGCAACAAACCUGGUCAAGGUACUAUUUUGGCGAAAAGUCGUGGAGUAAGCGGUGCUGACGAAUACCCUAUGGCUACAAAUAAAAACGGAAAUUGGUUUGUUCUUGAAACGAACUAUGAUCCAAACCAGCCACCACCGUUCUUCGACGAUCGCAGAACCCCUGGCAACAAAUGCAUGGUUGAGCUUGGGCAAAAGAACGUUUCAUUUGAAGGCCUGUUUAACGUGCUCUCAACGCAGCCAAACCUCAACAAGUUAACGACGUACACAACGCUAAUGAACGUAAACAGAGGCCAAAUAGAGUCGUACCUUCAAAAAUGCGAGGGGAACUGUCCUGCUUGGUGAAAAGGUGGUUGUGUGUGACUGUAAAUGCAAUUUUGUUUUUAUAAAGUCACCAGAUAUUUGGAAUAAAUAUUACCAUUAAUCCGCAUUUUAUUAAA